CUAUAGGACAGAGUAGAACUGCCCCAUAGAGUUUCCAAGGAGUGCCUGGCGGAUUUGAACUGCCGACCCUUUGGUUAGCAGCUGUAGCACUUAAUCGCUACACCACCAGGGUUUCCAUCUUAUGGGAUAAAAAGAAUUACCACAUUGGUUUCAGUUAUCUAUUGCUAUCUAAAGAACCACCCAAAACUUAGUGGCUUAAAACAAUAGGAAUUUAUUAUUUCUCAUGAUUUCUUGGGUUAGAAAUUCAGGCAAAGCUCAGCUAGGCAGUUCUUGUGUCGAGGGUCUUCAACUGGGGUCUCUUACCUGGUUGAGUUCAUCUGGUGGCUGGGUGAAGCCGAAAGGCCCAGGAAGGAUUCAGUCAUGUCUGGUGUCUCAGGCUCCUUUUUCUUAAGCUUCUCGUAAUUCAGUAGUCUAGCCAAGCUCUUUUACGGUAUGGUGGCCAGCCUCUCCGAGGCCACAAUUGGUGCAGCAUCACUUUCCCCACGUUCUACUGGUCAAAGUGAAUCAUGAGGCUGGGCCAGACCCAAGGGAAAAGGAGACAGACUCCAGCGUUUGAUGGGAAGAACAACAGGCAUGAGUGGAGAGGGAUGGGAGGAACUGUUGAUGUUUAUAUUUGCAUAUACCCAUUUAACAGAUACAGAAACUGUGUCAACAAGUGGCAGGGCUAGGACAAGAACCCACACAGUUAGGCUUUAUAGCCUGUGCUUUAAACUAGGAGGUAAUGCUCUAUUUUUAUUUUAUCCACCAGGGCAUACUUAAGCCUCGUCUGUUUUUUUUUUUAUAAAGAUUUACGGAGCUCCUUUUUCACUGUGAGAAUUCACAGUCCAGAGAAUUUUUCAGAGAACUUAAGACUUUGACUAGAAGUCAUGGAAACCAAGUGGUGCAGGAGAAGUCCAAACGAUUCAUGGCCUCUGCUUACAUGCUGCCUCUCCUCCGUUCCCACUGAGGCUGGGCUGAGCCACCUGCACCCCGAACACCCAGAAGUCUCUGCUUUCCAGCAUUAUAAAAAAACCACUGCUGUCGAGUCAAUUCUGACUCAUAGCAACCCUACAGGACAGAGUAGAACUGCCCCAGAGAGUUUCCAAGGAGUGCCUGGCGGAUUUAACUGCCGACCUCUUGGUUAGCAGCCCUAGCACUUAACCACUACGCCACCAGGGUGUCCUCCAGCAUUAUACUCAUUCUAAUUUGUCGGUCCUUUCCUAUGUUGUCCACCAGGGGGAGGUCUUCUCCUUUUAAAGACUUGAAAUCGCCUCCGCCUUCAUAGGUCAAGUAUAUAACUUUUGUGGCAAUUGAGCACUGGAAAUGUGCUUGAUCUGAACUGAGAUGUCCUGUAAGUACAAAUUACACACCAGAGUGUGAAGACUAAGUAGAGAAGUAGAGAAAAGACAAUGUAAAAUGUUAUUAAUAAAUGUUUUAUAUUGAUUACAUGUUGAAAUGAUAUUUUAGGUACACAAAAUAAGUGGGGCCUGGGUGGCACAAGUAGUUUACAUUUGACUGCUAGCCUAAAAGUUGGCAGUUCGAAUCCACCCAAUGGCUCCAUGGAAGAAAGGUCCGGCAAUCUGCUUCAUGCAACACUAUAGUCAAGAAAACCCUAUGGAGCAGUUCUACUCUGUAACACAUGGGGUGGCCAUGAGUCAGGGGCUGACUCAAAGGCACAGAUAAAGUAAAAUAUAUUACUAAAAUUAAUUUCACCUAUUUAUUUUUAGAGUUUUAAAAAGGUGGCUUCUAUAAAAUUUAAAAUUGCAUAUGUGACUCAUUUAUAUUUCUAUCAGACACUGCUGGUCUAAAGACUCUCUCCCAAUGGCAGGCCUCAAGCUAUCUCUGCAGAACCUUAGGGUUCCAAGGAACUCAGUUUGAAAAUCACUAACAUCACGUUACCGAUGAGAUGCAGACUGGUCAGCAACUUGUCCAAGGUUAUCCAAUAGAUGAAAUCUUGCGUUUAGUUUAGAACUCAGGUUCCUACACCCUGUCUGGCUUUUUUACUCCUUUCCUGGAGGGCCCUGGGUGUCACACAACGACGUAGGCACAAGCCCUUUGUUGGGCUAUUAGGGUCCUUUAUCAGAAGGUUCGCCACCUCCAGUCUCCCCUAUAUCCUCUGUAGGGUCUUCUGCACAGCCAGGGUGCUGCUCCCUGUCUCUUCGUCUGUCCACUCCAUGAGCCGUUUUCUGUUUCCUGAUUAGAAUACCAGCCUGUGCUUUAGGGCUCUCUCUUAAUGCUGCCUCCACGGUGCUGAGGCCUGACUUCUUGUUAAGUGCUGUCGAGUCGGUUCCGACUCAUAGUGACCCUACGUGCAACAGAAGGUAACACUGCCCACGCGCCUGUCAGUUUGUUGUACCGUGGGGACUUGUGUGUUGCUGCGAUGCUGGAAGCUAUACCAGCAGUACUCAAAUACCAGCAGGGUCACCCAUGGAGGACAGGUUUCAGCUGAGCUUCCAGACUAAGACAGACUAGGAGGAAGGACCUGGCAGUCUACUCCUGAAAAGCAUUAGCCAGUGAAAACCUUAUGAACAGCAGCGGAACAUUGUCUGAUAUAGUGCUCAAGAUGAGCGCCCCAGGUCGGAAGGCACUCAAAAGAUGACUGGGGAAGAGCUGCCUCCUCAAAGUAGAGUCGACCUUAAUGACGUGGGUGGAGUAAAGCUUUCGAGACCUUCAUUUGCUGAUGUGGCAAGACUCAAGAUGAGAAGAGGCCUGACUGGUGACCCUGAAUAUGAGCAGUGACGUCUCACUCUGUCUUCUUAAACUAUCUUCUUAUCCAAUCUCAGUCCUACCCAGGAAGCCAUAGUAGUUCUUGCUAGAAUAUGUCCAAUCAAGCUGAAGGUCAAGAAAACAUCUUGUCAUUCACUGACCCCAUAACAACCUCAUUCUCCUCACUACUGAGAACUCACGUGGCCCACAGUCCCCGCUGAUGGAGGGUGACUGGUGCUCACAUUGCCAGUGAUUCACGAAGGAACCGAAAGCACCCCAUGUUCCAGGGACCCACCUCUUACUGUGAGCUACCGUGGAAAACAAGAUCCUCACUUCUACUUGACCAACAUUGUGCAAGCCUGUCGCUGUUAAUGCAGAGAUGCAUCGUACCUGUGUCUGAUUUUAGACUACGUAGGAGGUACUACUACCCGUAGCCCAGGGACAAGCAAAAUGGAGACCUCAAUAGAUGAGAGUGAGACCGAGGUUGAGGUUUUUGGGACCACACCUUACGACUAUGCGGGGUUAUGGCCCUGUGAAAAAGUCAAUAUCAAGGAUCUGGGGGCCCAGUUUCUGCCCCCACUGUAUUCCCUGGUGUUCAUUGUUGGCCUGUUGGGCAAUGUGGUGGUGGUGGUGAUCCUCACAAAAUACAGGAGGCUCAGAAUUAUGACCAACAUCUACCUGCUCAACUUGGCAAUUUCUGACUUGCUCUUUCUAGUCACUCUUCCAUUCUGGAUUCACUAUACUGGAUGGAACAAGUGGGUUUUUGGCCAAUGCAUGUGUAAGUUCCUCUCGGGAUUUUAUUACAUGGGCUUGUAUAGUGAGAUCUUUUUCAUCGUCCUGCUGACAAUCGACAGGUACCUGGCCAUUGUCCAUGCUGUUUUUGCCCUUCGGGCCCGGACUGUCACCUUUGGUGUCAUAACCAGCAUCUUUACCUGGGUCCUGGCAGGGCUAGCAGCUCUCCCUGAAUUUGCCUUCCAUGAGUUCCAAGAGGAAGAUGAGUACUCUGCCUGUAGUCCUCGUUACCCAGAGAACGAAGAAGAUACCUGGAAGCGUUUCCAUGCUCUGAGAAUGAGUAUCUUGGGUCUUGCUCUCCCAUUACUCAUUAUGGCUAUCUGCUACACAGGAAUCAUUAAAACUCUGCUGAGAUGCCCUAGUAGAAAAAAGUACAAGGCGAUCCGGCUCAUUUUUGUCAUCAUGGUGGUGUUUUUCAUUUUCUGGACACCCUACAACCUGGUUCUCCUUCUUUCUGCUUUUCAAGUGAUCCUCCCUGAGAACAACUGUGAGCAGAGCAAACAGCUGGACCUGGCCAUGGCAGUGACGGAAGUGGUUGCCUACACGCACUGCUGCGUCAACCCCAUCAUCUAUGCCUUUGUUGGUGAGAGAUUCCGGAAGUACCUCCAUCACUUUUUCUACAGGCAUGUGGGCAUCUACCUGAGCAAAUACCUUCCAUUCUUUCCUAGAGAAAAACUGGAAAGGGCCAGCUCUAUCUCCCCAUCAACAGGGGAACAGAAACUACUCUCUGAAGAAUUUUAGGUCAGAUACAGAAAAUUGCCUAAAGAAGAUGGACUGAGCAGAUGGAGCAAAAGACAUUAAGUCAAGCACAUUGACCUCCAGGGUAAUCCUUUGGACUUCCAGCACAACACUGAAGUUCUUGAAGCCAUUAGAAUAUAUAAACAACAGUGGCUGCAUGUUCAUGCAACCCAGAGGUCAAGGGCUGGGCAAUUUACUUAUCAUUAACCCUGAAAAGCAGAGCUUUGCUUGAUUCUCUGAAGAGUUAUAUAAAUUUUAAUGCAACUGAAAGACAGAUAGUCACUAUACACAGCUACACAAAGGUAAAUUUUUUAUAUUUUAAGUCUUAACUUCAGUCAGCUCUUGAUAUAAAUGAAACCUAUUUCACAAAACACAAUAAAUCAAUUACUUUCUUAACGUGUCUACCUCUUUUCCUUUGUACAUAGAUAUGCACUCUCAAGCAACAUAAUGGCAUGACACACCUGU